CAGUAUUCAGGUAGUCGAUUUUUACGAGUUUCCCCGUGUCUUCGUCUAUACAUAAGAGAUGUCGAAGUAUGGCUACAACAGUUUGCCUACCGGGGAACCGGAUCCUGACGAUGAAAUGCGAGUUGCGUUGCCUCCGUUAAUGGUCACGUUGGCUGUACCGUCAACUCCAAACUAUCCGAUGUCUCCCUCGCCGAUGGGGUCAUCGGAAACGCUUCCAGAACAUCAAAAUGCCAAACGGAGAAUGGAUCGCCGUCUUAUGCGUCUGAAUACGGAACUCCUUCAAGCGGUUGUUGAUGGAAAUUUGGCGGAGGUUGAACGUGGUCUCCAGCAUGAUGCCAGUGCAAACGCGACAUGCAAGCCACAUCGGAUUUCGAGUUGUCACAUAGCGAGCUUUUUAGGACAUACCGAUAUUUUGCGAACUCUGCUCAAGAAUGGUGCCCAACUAGAAGGAACGCGUGACGCAAUGGGACGAACACCUUUGCAUCUCGCCGCUUGGGAAGGCAAUCCGGAUUGUGUAAAGCUUCUUCUCGAUCAUGCCCCAGAACUAGUAAACAUAGCAACAGAAAAAAUCGAAAUAAAAGACAAAAUUCGGUUAGAGUGGAUCGACUCUUGGGAUCACGAUCAUCAGUCGGUGAUUGACAUGCUACCGGUCUUAGAAUUCGGGAGUUCACCUCUUCACGUAGCUUGUAAACGGACAGAGAUGAUCUGUGUGCAACAUCUUCUGGCGGCUGGAGCUGAGUUCAAUAAAGUUGACAGUCGAGGUAUGAGGCCACUUGAUGUAGUAGGCGAAAAUUUAAUCGACCACCGUGAAGAGGGCGACGUGGAAUUCAGGUAUCCAGCCGUAAUCGCAUCAUUGAUAGCUGCUGGCAGCCGGCAUUACCUCUCUUCGGAAUAUCAGGACCAAAGUCACAUCGUGACGCCAUUGCAUACAGCUGUUGAGUUGGGUUCCUUGGACGCGAUAACAGUCCUUCUGAAUGCGAAUUUCCCUCGCUCUAUAUGGAACGCGGUUGGAGACACUCCGAUGCAUUUGGCUAUCAUGAAGAAAGCGGUGGAACCGUUGAAGCUGCUGAUGAGCAUAGUCAACAGUGAAGACUCACCGAAUUACCUUGAUCCUGUAAAUUCCGUUGGACUGACUCCUCUGCAAUUGGCAAUGCGUGAAAAUUGGAUUCCAGGGGUGAGCAUCAUCCUAGAAGCUGGUGCAGACGUUACGACCACCUCGAGCAAUGGAUACACAGCUUUGCACUUGUCAGCUGCAAGCGGUAACUUGGAGAUGAUUCAAGAACUGCUAAGCAUUCCGGACUCGCAAACGAUAAUCGAGGUGGAAAACCAGUCGGGAGAAACUCCUUUAUAUUGCGCGAUCGCUAGUGGCAGAGUUGAUUGUGUUAAAGAGAUUCUCGACGCCGGCGCGAGUGUUCAGCACAAAUUGCGCGGUGGAGUAACUGUGUUUCAUCGUGCAGCCGAGCACGGCUUUGCCGACAUUCUUCAACUCCUGCUUGACAGAGAUCCUUCGACGACGAAAUUGAUGAUUAAUGCCAGAGACAAGUUGGCGAUGUCCGGAAUGACGCCUUUGCACAUGGCCGCGUAUUUCGGACACGCUGAAUGCGUGAGAGUUCUUCUUGAAGCCGGUGCGGACAUCCUAUCUACGACGACGGAGAAUCCGCACACCAAGGCGACCUCUUUGCACCUAGCAACGACACAGAAUCACUAUGAAGUCGUGGCCGCCCUACUAAGUCGCGAAACUGACAUUAUUGACGUACAGGACAAUCACGGGUGGCUACCGCUGCAUGUGGCGUGCUAUCACAGCAGCAGAGAGAGCAUUAAAUUGCUGUUAGAUGCCGGCGCUGAUUUGUCCGUCGUAACAAAAGACGUUGACCGCAAAAGUAUGUCUGCGAUGGAUUUCCUCGUUUACAACGUUGCUAGGCCCGUCGAAUUUCUCGAAUCGGUAUUCGACGCUGCCAUCACUAUCAACGAGUACACAAUCAAUGAGCCCAAUUGUCUAAUCACUCUUGAUUACAGUAUAUUAACACCUCGUGGCAUAAAUAUGGAGCAGAUGAGAGUUGUCAAUGCCCUCAUUAACAGCGGGAACCAAUUCAACCAAAAACGCCUACUCAUUCAUCCCCUGAUUGAAAGUUUCUUGUACCUGAAAUGGCGGACUCUCAGCCCUUUUUUUAUGAUCAAUCUAGCACUUUACGCAGUGUUUGUCGUUGCUACGACACAACUAAUCACUGGAAUUUAUUACUACGAGGAUAAAGGAGAGGAACCGCCGGUUAUUCUUAACACACAGAUGAGCAGUUAUAUCCUGGUUUUCAGCCUUGUGCCUAUCGCCAUUCUGGAAUUCUUACACGGGCAGCAACGUUCUUGGAUCUACUUUCGCGAACUUGAAUCCUGGGUGAAGUGGGGUUCCUUCAUACUUGCAACCUUGGUCGUAUUCGCUGAUCACAACGUUAACGAAUGGACGCGUCACGUGGCUGCCGUGGCCGUCCUACUAGCUUGGACUGAGCUUAUGUUUUUGCUGUCUCGUUUCCCAGAAUGGGGUUACUACGUACUAAUGUUUUCCAAAGUGGCCACUAACGUUAUCAAGGUACUAUUGACGUUUGGCUUUCUUGUGAUUGGCUUUACCUUCAGUUUCUUGGUCCAGUUUAGGAGCGAACCUCCAUUUGGCUCCCCAUGGCAGAGUUUUGUAAAGACAAUGGUGAUGAUGACUUCAGAAUUCGAUUACUCUGAUCUCUUUACCGGACAAGAAGACUACAUAGUGACAUUGACACUUGGACGGCUGGUAUUCGUCGCAUUCCUGGUUUUAGCUGCCAUCGUUCUGAUGAACUUGAUGGUUGGUUUAGCGGUUAAUGACAUCAACGACUUGGAAAUACGAGGAAAAACUCAGCGCCUCUUUAAGCAAGUCAAUUUCCUAUGCAGCCUGGAUCUGGUGGUCUACAACAAAAUGAUACUUCGCCUAUUACCGAAAAGUUGGCGCAUCAGAAUCGAGCAGGGCAGAUGCGUUGAUUCGAAACUUUAUCUUCAUCCGGGCAGACCACUUCGCACUAUUUUUAAGACGUUACCUUCUUCGAUCAAAGAAGACAUCAUACAAACCGCUAGAGCCGGUCAAAAAAUGUCAGAACCAACCAUGGUUGACAUUCUGGACCGGUUAACUAAUUUAGAAAUGAUUCUUCAAAAGGGUUUCCAAAAGGAAACACUCGUGCCUCUACAAAGUAAUACCGAAGGUUGCAAGGAUCAAUCGGAAGCCACAGCUACUUCCGAUCUAUCGACUCUCGCUGAAUACAUUGAUAAAUUAAAAGACGACAAUAUUUCGAGGUGGGAAAAAACAGAACUCAUAAUUGACAACGUAGCUCAAACCUUGAGUGCUUUGCAGAGACAGUUAGACAGAUUGAAUGGGAAUAUUGCUCUCUCAGGAAAUGCAACUCAUGUAGUGAACAUAGAGGAAAUGUAAGAUACGGUCUUACUUCAAACAUUGGCUGUGAGCGAUGAUGGGCAAAAUUUUAAUUAGUCAAUAAUGAAUUUCAUUUUUAUCUUGAAAUUAGGAAAAAAUAAAAAAUAAAUUCCAUUAAUUAGUUUGUAGUACAUUCCAAUUACAAAGUACGAAUGUAAUUUGUAAUUUAUAUCGCACUAAUCAAUAGAGGUGUAAUUUGUAAGUGAAAUAUAAUUAAUUACAAAUUGUAAUUGAGCGGUGCCCAAUACUAGAUGUGAAUUGUUGGUAUAUGCUCUAAGUCCAUAGUUAGCAAUGGACGGUGGUAUCUUAAUUUAUCAAUUUUUAUCGAAACUAAUAUGGCGUCGUACCAGGUUAUCAGCUGAUCGUCUCAGCCGCACGGUUUUAUCUGAAUUAUAUGCUGGUAAAAAAACAAAUAAAAAUAUACAAGCGGUUAUACUUUUUCUCUGUUAUAUCAAGUUAAUAAAAGACGCAAAUGGACGAAAAAAUGUCUAUAACUAAAUAUGACCUGAUUAGCGUAUUAUAGUAUCGACUUGUUUUAAUCUUUGGGUAUUUUGAACUUCAAUCGUAUUCUUUUGCUUCCUGUACACAAAUCAUAGGCUGCUAUCAGUGCAUAUGUUGUUGAGUAAAUGCAGUGAAUAAUCAUCAAGGACGACUACAUUGUAACAUAUUCCAUGGAGCAGCUCAAGUAAAAUCAAGUCGUAAUUCAAGUCUGGGAGGAUGGGCACAAAUGUUUGUGAAAAAAAUUCCAUUACAUUUCCAGGUUUUCCAGGACCUAAAACUCAAGAUCUUGACAUUUUCCCAGUUCUAGUGCGGAAAGUGCGCGAUUUUCGACGAGUGCAGGCGCACACCGGAAGCAAGUGCUGGAAUCGCAUGAGUCAGAUAUCGCUUAUCAACACGUGUGACACACGAUACUUUUUUCGACACCUACGAAGGACAUUUUGAUUCGAGGAGCAACAAAUGUGCCACUGACAGCGUUUAAAACGUGGGUUAGUUAACAUAUGUUUAAUGCCACAGUGCGAAAAAUUGUGUUAUUCAGCUGUGCGCAUGUGCCAACCUCAAUUACGAGCACUGGUCAGAAAUGGGGCACUUUACACACACUGUACAGGUUUCGAAAAUCAAAUUUUCCAAGAAAGUGUUUGAAAAAAUAUAAGUAAUCACAAGUAUUACUUUUAAAUUAUAUGUACAUACAGUAAUAGAAAAUAUCUAUGCUGACUUUUGGCGGACUGACGUGAAACAGAUCCAAGUUAGGAUCUCUUGCUACAAGCACGUUUCGUUAACGUUCCAUAUUUAUUCAGCUAAAUCAUUUCACAUCCAUUCAUUUGGACUUAGUGUGAGAAACCAUAUUGCUGGACCGUAAUUUUGAACCAUGCAACCGAAAUCUUUCCUUCACUUAACAGUAGCUCAGAAAUUUGAAUAUCCUGCCUGAA